AUGCCGCUGUCAGCGCCGCUGCACAAACUGCUCUGCGUGUGCCACAUUGUCAGCUACUUCGAUUACCAGAAGAAAGUGUGCCAAUUUCUGUGCUUGUACAACCUGCGAUACAAUGAGGACACCCAGGAGUUCGACUUUGGGCAUCAGGUGUUCAUAUACUUCUUCUGUUUCUGGAGCCUCCUGUGUCUUUCGUGUUACUUAAUGUAUCUCGAUGGAUAUGUUAUCGAUCGAGGUAGCCUCUUUAUAUACUUCCUGCCCUGCCUCUAUUACAAAUAUCUGCAGAGAUCAAUGCUAGCAACUUUGAAUGAGAUGGCGAAAGUUCACAGGAAUCUGCAAUCCACAAUGGGAACUAUGUUUUGUGUGUCCGUCAAGCGGGCAUUUUGCUGCUCCUGGCUGAUAUCUAUUGAACUGGUCUUCGUCAUCUACUGGCAAAUUCGGUCCUUAAAGAACGUCAUCCAACGUUUGUUGGUGUUUUCCUGCCUAUUUGGCUGGCAUCUGCAGCUUCUCCUCUUCGUUAACAGCUACAUUUGGCUGCAUUCCAUCUACAUAGUUAUGAAUCAGAUAUUUACUUCAAAUCAACUUACGAAUGAAGAGCACUGGAGAAGAAUCAGGACUAUAAUGAAACUUCACGGUACCGUACAGCAAAUCCAACGAGACAUAUCCCAUUACUUCAGUGUGUACAUAUGUUCUGUAGUAGUACUUUUAUCAAGCGUUUUCUACCGCGCUGCUUAUGAAGCUGGUUUUGAUUGGGAUCAUAGCCGAUUGGUGUCGUUGAGAUUGCAGUUUUGGCACAUAAGAUACUUUGGAAAUCUAAUUCUGCUCAUUGGCACUCUACUUAUUGUUGUUUGCGACUAUAAAUCGCAGAGAAAUAAGUUCUUAAAAACUGUAUGGAACACCCAACUCCUGCUCCAAAAAACAUGGAGUAGCAUAAGUUCGAAUCGCUGCAAACAAACCCCCGAUGUUCUCGAUUUAAUGAUCCUGACUGGAAAUACAUUUCGGGAUAUGAUAUGCGCGACCGUCACUCUGUGGGAGUUAAGGAUCGAACAGGACACUAUACUCACACUAGAAGCAGCCUGCUUCAUGAAGUACUUCUUCCUGCUGAUGUUCAACGUUUGCCUAGUACCUAUUAUAGCUAUCGCAAACGGAUUUGAAAUAGAUUUGGAGCAUAAGUUUUUAAAUUUCUCAUUCAUUGAAAUAUAUUCAAAUGACUCGGAUCCGGUAGUACUAACUAUCGAAAAUUUAACGAUGUAUUCCUAUGUCCUGAGCCAUGCGCUGGAAUAA